AUGCCCGUGGCGAACGAUCCGCGGCAGUGGUCGGUGGCCAGGAAGAACUUCUCCCUCUUCCUGAUCUCGUCCGGCGCUAUGAUCGCAGGGCUGGCGGCGAACAUACAGAAUCCCGCCGUCGCCGAAAUGGAGCGCUCCCUCCCCGCCACCUCCGGCGAGAUCUCGCUCUCCAUCUCGCUCUUCAUCCUCAUCCAGGGCUUCGCGCCGAUCAUGUGGUCCUCGAUCUCGGAGGUGAAGGGGAGAAAGGUGGUGUAUAUCGUGUCGAUUGCGAUAUUCACGGUGGGGUCGAUUAUUGUGGCGAUAUCGAACAGCAUUGGACUUGUUAUCGGGUUCAGGUGUAUGCAGGCGGUCGGCUCAAGUGCGGUCAUUGCUAUCGGCGCUGCCACCCUCGCAGACAUCUUUGAGCCUGCCGAGCGUGGGACCAAGAUGGGCGUCUACUACAUGGCCCCCCUCCUCGGACCCUCCGUCGCCUCCGUCCUCGGCGGCGUCCUCACCUCUGGCUUCAACUGGCGCGGCCCCUUCUGGUUCCUCGCGAUCGUGUCGGGGUGUAGCCUCCUCGGCUUCAUCGUGUUCUUCAAGGACACGUUCCGGAAGGAGCGGAGCUUGACGUAUCAGAACAUCCUGAAGAGCAGGCUGCGGGAGGCGGCGAAGGAGGGGAGGAGGCGGAGAAGGGCGCGGGAGAAGGCGGUGGGGAGGGAGGGGAAGCGAGAGAAGCACGACGCCGAGAGGGGUUCGGGGGUGGCGGUCAUUGCGGACGGGGGUGCGGUGGUGGCGGCGCUGCCCGAUGUGAAGGUGACGCUGCGCGACGUGAACCCGUUCCCGGGCGUCAUCUCUAUCUUGCGGAGGCCGAAUAAUGUGGUCAUGCUGUUCUCGUCGGGCCUUCUCUUCUCCUACAGCUUCAUCGUUCCGUACACUUCGUCGCGCACACUGUCGACGUACUACGGGUACACACCGCUCGAGAUCGGCUUCGUGCUGCUCUCGUUCGGCGUGGGGUCGCUGGCGGGGAGCUUGUUGGGCGGGCGGUGGUCGGAUAUGAUACUCAGACGGCUGAGGGCGAGGAAUGGGGGGAAAUUCUAUCCGGAGAUGCGUUUACAAAGCACGAUCCCAGGUUUGAUAUCCUUCCCUAUAUUCGUUUUGGGCUUCGCCUGGAUUACGGAGGAGCAUGUCCACAUUUCGGGCAUGUGUGUCAUGCUGUUCAUGACGGGAUUAACCCAACUAUUCGUCUACGCAAGCACGCUCAGCUACGUCGUCGACGCCAACGUCGGCCGCUCUUCGUAUGCUGUAGCGCUCAACAGCGCCUUCCGAGGUAUAUCUGCAUUCGUGGCCACUGAAAUCGCGGUCCCGCUUCAGGAUGGCCUCGGCGACGGAUGGCUAUAUACCCUCUGGGCCGCGCUCAUGGCGUGCUCGAGCGCGAUGGUCGUGCUUAUCAUAUACAAGGGCGCGGCGUGGCGGGCGGCGUCGGAGGCGAGUGAGCAGCGGCGCGCAGCGAGGGAGGCGGCGAAGUAUGGGGAAACGACGCCCGCGCCGACGGCGCCGACAUCGACCGCAGUGACGAGGCCGGCGUCGCCUGUACAGACACCAGUAGCGACGAGGCCAGCGACGCCGGUGGGAACGAGGCCGCUGUGA